CAAGAUUUUCCAAAGUGGCAGAUUAUUCAACCUUGAAUUCCUUCCAAUUCAGACCCGCCAGCCAUCUACAGCCACGCCUUCUACGGUAUCUUUCGAGUUGAAGCAACCAUUCCUUCCCAAAUUUAAAGAAUUAACCGACCUAAUUUCAACGAGUUCCCGAGACACAACCACCGAUCUAAAGCCAUGGGCGUAGCAAAGAAGACACGCAAAUUCGCCCAGGUAAAGCGAAUAAUCUCCCGCCGCGACGCGCGCCUCAAGGAGAACAAGACCAAAGGCGACGAGUCGAACCCGCAGACCUCCAAGACCGCGGCGGCGGCGGCCGCCACCGCAGCCGGCAACGGCGACAUCGUGCGCCGCGAGGUGCCGCAGCUCCCCUCGUCGCUCUUCUUCCAGCACAACGAGGCGCUCGUGCCGCCCUACAGCGUCCUCGUCGACACCAACUUCCUCUCGCACACCGUCCAGCGCAAGCUGCCGCUCCUCGAGUCCAUGAUGGACUGCCUCUUCGCCAAGUGCCACCCCAUCAUCUCCAGCUGCGUCAUGGCCGAGCUCGAGAAGCUGGGGCCCAAGUACCGCAUCGCCCUCCGCAUCGCCCGCGACGAGCGCUGGGAGCGCCUCCAGUGCGACCAUAAGGGUGUAUAUGCCGAUGACUGCAUUGUCGAUCGUGUCAUGAAACACCGCAUAUACAUCGUCGCCACCAACGACAAGGACCUCUGCCGAAGAAUACGAAAGAUCCCCGGUGUCCCCAUCAUGAACGUCGCCCGAGGAAAAUAUGUGAUCGAGAGGUUACCCGGCGCUCCGCAAUAGUCGCCAUCUACCUAGCUAGGUUAGAUAGAUAGGUAUGAUCGAACUUGAGUAGAUAAGAUGUAUCAUUGGUAGCAUUCUAGGCGUUUUAGGGGGUGCAAAAAGUAUUUUGGGGAUUAUAGGCUU